AUGAGCAGAGCUUUACUGAGAGGGGCUGCUUGCCGAUCUUGUCGCCAUGAAAUUAUACGAUCAUUUCUCGCCGUGACUGGCAUACCGAUCCCGCAAUUCCCUGCUAGGAGAUCUCGCCGCCUCGACUCCAGAGCUUUCUCCGCGGUAGGCUCGUUACGUUCUGAUCGUCCUCCUGUAUCGAAUUCAUCCGACAUCAACUUUUCACCGGUUGAGAAUGACGAUCAGUUACAAAAGCCGAGUGGCCACUCGGCGUCACAUAUCCCGUGGUACUUGCAAGAGGAAAAUGAAGUCGCCGAGGAGCGUCUCGUUCCGGGCGAUCGUAUUCCCCAAGUCCCUGAAGAUGCACCCGAAAUGCUUCCAGUGCUCCUCGAAUAUGUCUAUAAAGAUGUUGGACUCGAUAACCUGAGACUAUAUGAUUUGCGAGGACUGGAAGCCCCUGCGGCCUUGGGUGCCAAUGUAAUAAUGGUCAUUGGCACUGCGCGCAGUGUAAAGCAUCUGAACGUCUCCGCCGAUCGUCUUUGCCGGUGGCUUCGGAGCCAGUACAAAUUGUCGCCACAUGCAGAUGGCCUUCUUGGCCGUAACGAGUUGAAAAUCAAAUUGCGCCGUAAGGCUAAGCGUGCGCGUGCGGCUAGCCACGCUGGUACGACGAUUGACGAAAAAGACGACGGCAUCACGACUGGCUGGAUCUGUGUUAAUGCCGGAGUUGUGGACAAGGGCAUGAAAAAAACGGACCUUUCUGAAGCAGGGUUUGAAGGCUUCGGACAAAUAGAACUGGGUACAAAUGUCGUGGUUCAGAUUUUCACCGAGGAGAAGAGAGUCGAGGUCGAUCUUGACGGUCUGUGGGAGAAGACAUUGGAAAGGAACGAACGAAACCGACUGAAAGAACCCUCACAGUAUGAGCACAGUGAGCAAAGCUCGCCCAGCAGCCAUGCUGCGUACGGGCGGUUGGGGGACUCAACCGGGCAAAGGCGAGGUCUGCACACUGUUCGGCGCAGCCUCACCACAAUCACCGAGCCGAUGAGGCACGAGGUAAUGGCCGCAAUGGCGGCGAAAGGAGCCUCAACGAAGGCCGUUGACUUCGGAAUGAACACGCAUUCAUUAUUACGGAUGCUCAAGUCUCUGCCCCACGACAAUGUUCGCGCUGAGCUUGGCUCCGGCCCAAACGACUACAACUCCACGGUCUUUCUGCAGCUUUUAUACGGAAGCCUAACCAAGAACAUGUCUGCAAAGGACAUCGCGGUCUUCCGGUUGAAGCUUCAUUCCAUCGCCAUUUCGGGGCAACACUCAGCGUAUAGCAAGGAUGCUCUAUUCGGGGCCUUGGAGGACUUCCUUCGCAACGGCUAUGACCUUGAGGAUGAGCUUGCUUUCGACAUUGUGGGUGCCCUUUUGUCUCCACGACUGGCCCAUGGAUAUGGUGAAGAGUCUACGCAAUAUCUGCCACAAGAAGACAUCGAGCUUGCCUUGCAAGUUCUGGAGCGACUUAGCCUCCGUGGUGUUCCCAUCUUCAACUUCAAACUCUUCAAUAUGCUGUACAAAGUGGUGGACACCCCGAUGGCUCCGCCCAGCACGGCUUCACACAACGACCUCCCCGAUGCCGAGCGUCCCAUCAUGGGCACGAGUGGUAAAGAAUGGACCAGAUCUCAGCGCGUUAUGCUCAAUCGCUUGUCCAAAAUCGUUUCAGCUGCCGAGGUCGCCUUCGAUGAGGAAGAGGCCCGAAAGCUCAUGAUCACUCAAUUUCAAUGCGAAGAUUAUGAUGGUUUCUGGCGGAUAUGGAAUCAAAUCCCCCUCAAGAGUGCCGGGCGUACACAGGAUGACUACCGGAACUUGUUCCAGCUGCAUGCCGACCUCGGGGAGGAAGGGCGCGCCCGUGAUUGUCUGUCAAUGUGGGUGCCUAUGAUGGCAAGAGAGACGCCUGCCAUUGAACUGGAAGGUCCCAUUGUCACCUCGGUCAUGCAUUGCCUCCUGGUUGCAGAGCCAGAUAUCCAGCAUCGACUCGAGGAUGGAUCCCCCAGUUUUUACCUCGAGCUCUGGCGGCGGUGCCAGGACGCGCUGGCGCAGCCUCGCUUUUGA